GCCCGCCGACCAACAAAGAAUUAUCCGCAGCUAUGGAGGCCGCGAUGACUAAAGAGGCUGAUUACGACCGCUCACAGUCGGCGCAGUUUCAGCGGCAAAGAGCGUGUAUCCCCUGCACCCAGGCAAAGCGGCGCUGCGACAAGAGCCGCCCCUUUUGCCAGCGAUGCCUAGGCAAACAAGUCAAGUGCCAUUAUUCAUCACGUCGUCUCUAUGCCCGCCGCAGAGGAGAUGCGUCUUCAGGGGCGGAAUCUACGGCUUCAGCGUCGGAGCCUUCGCUGGACUCGUCAACAUCGCUGCUAUUCACCGAUGCCGGGAGUGAGAUUGGGAAUGACGAUGAGAAUGAAAACACUCGUCAAGAUGGCUUCGACGUGAACAAUCGCCAAUUGUUCACUCGUCCUUGGUUUCUAAAGGCUGAGUUCUGGAUCAUCCACCAUCAAUCGCUGCAUACGCCGCCCUUGAUACGCGGUUCUGCCGUCCAGCAAUACAUUCGCUGCAUCAAGAAAUGGCUCCGGCAGUGGAUCGACUGCAACCGCUGCCCCCUUAUACACGCAUCUCUCUUUGUUGAUACGGGGAUGCCGCCGUGCCUUAAAGAUGCAUAUGCUGCCAUCGCAGUCUACGGCAACAAGAACGAACAAAACGAACUUGUAGUGAUGCAGCACAUCCAACACAAAGCGGAUGCACUCUUGGAGGCAAAUUCUGAAAACAAAGACCCGCUGGUUGGCAUGUUUGCCUCACCAAGCCCUCUUUCUACGGGCCAACACCUGGCUAGAGUCUUGUCCUUGUUCAUCUAUCAGUUCAUCCGCCUCUUUGACGGCGAUAUCCGCCAACGAGCUUUGGCUGAGACGCAGAUGCCCGUGCUGGAAGCCUGGACGGCACAGAUGUGGGAAUCGGUAAGCCUUGAUGUCACUCUACACAACACGUUUGGCGGAGAGUACCUGGCCGUGGAGGACAGGAUAAACGUGGCCAACCACUUGUGGCGCAACUGGAUCUUGAUGGAGAAUGUGCGCCGCGUCUGGAUGGUGGUCACGUACACGCAGUGCAUCUAUCUGCUCACCCGCGAUGGAACUGUUAGCUGUACCGGAACCAUUGACUUCACGGCUCGAUGUGGUCUCUGGGACGCCACUUCUGCGGCGACGUGGCUGCGCAUGGUGGAACAAAAGGAUCCUCUAUCUGUUGUGCCUCAUGACUCGGAUUGGCUGCGUGAAGCAACGUCAAUCAAGGAUAUUGACAAGUUUAGUCUAGUGAGUCUGUGUUUGGGGCUGGAUUCGGACAAGAUGGAUGCUUGGAUUGGAAGCACGACGAAUAUGCGCCUCGAAGAGUUGAUGGCUGUAGUUGAUGAAUUGUAG